AUGGAUUCUUCUGUGCCGUCAGUGACCAAGACGUCACCUAAACCUAAAUUGUCACGGACUAUAACUCGAAUCGCCAUUUGCACCGCUCUAAUCUUGACAUGUAUCAUUGUUGCAAUCGUGGCAUAUUUUCUUAUUACUCGCCAGAACAAUUCCUCAUCAGACGGCGUUACAACUAACAUUAGUACGAGUACCACCACUUCGCAAAAAGCAUCAACUACUAACGAAGUGGCAAAUUCGACACUCACUAAUCCUAUUUCGAAUGCAACGUCGACCAAUACACAGUGUCGAGCGUUACCGUUCAGCAGCUAUCAGUCUUACAUGACUGGUAGUAAACCUUGGUCGAUUAGCAUUACCGAUCUGAACAAUGAUGAUUACCAAGAUAUUGUUGUAGUUAACGCAUAUGAUCCAAGCGUGACAAUCUAUCUCAAUUAUGGGAAUGGAACAAUCAGAAAUACUUCGUUAAUCAUUGUUGGAACUUAUUCCGUAUUCGUUACCGCUGCUGAUCUAAAUGGAGAUAAUACAACAGAUUUGAUCGUGGCACAAGCCUCAGCUAACAGCUUGGGAGUGUUGUUUGGUUUUGGUAAUGGAACUUUUAAUACACGUUUAAACAUUCCUGUUGGUAAUUAUCCAUACGGUGUAAAUGCUGCUGAUUUCAACAAUGACAAUCAUCUUGACCUAGUUGCUGUCAACGAUUACGACAAUACUGCUAGCAUCUUGUUGGGAUUCGGUAAUGGAACUUUCCAGAGCUACAAUCUUUUACCUACAGGUCUUUAUGUAACAGCAGUUGUUACUGCUGAUUUCAAUAAAGAUCAACGUUUAGAUUUUGCAGCAACAGAUUAUUCAAGUAACACUGUAAGUGUAUAUCUUGGCUAUGGCAAUGGAAGUUUCCAACAACGUCAACCAUAUUCAACAGGAAAAAGCCCAUGGGGAGUAGCUAUAGCAGAUUUUAACAAUGACAACUACACGGAUAUUGUUACUGCUAAUUAUGACGCUUCUACAAUGAGUGUAUUCUUUGCCAAUGGUGAUGGUACAUUUCGAUCGCAAAUAGUUUAUUCAACUGGGCCAUAUCCAAGAUCAGUAGCAGUUGGAGAUUUAAAUGACGAUACAAAUAUUGAUAUUGUCACUGGUAGUGGCUCUGGCAAUUACCUGAGCGUCUUUCUAAACAAUGGGGACGGUACAUUUGCAAAACCAAUGAGCUUAACAACUGACGCACAAGUAUCAGCAGUAGCGAUUGGAGAUUUGAACGGGGAUAAUCGUUUGGAUAUCGUCACUACUAGUGUAUCGACCAAAACUCUAAAUAUAUUUUUAAACUCAUGCUGA